CACGCACUCGGACGCACAACCCGGUAGUCACCGCAGAUGAAGAGACUCUUGGGGCUACCCAAGUGGUCUCCUGGACAAGCUAACAGCGAAGAAAGUGUUGGAACUCGUUCGCUGGCGGACAGGGCCGCUACAGUCCGGCAACAUGGGAAACUCGGAGAGCGCUGGUGGAAUAGCAAGCGGCGAGGAGGAAGACGUAGAGACCGAAGCUCAGCUCUCGGCUGGCACCAGCCCAGUCUCUGCGGAGCCAGGCAGCGGUGGAGGCAGAGGCGCUGGUGCCGGAAGGGCACCGGCCUGCGGGCUCCCAACUCCAGUGGCGCUGCUCGAACAAGUGAAGCUGAGAGAGGCUGUGGCCCGCUUGAAAGAUUCAGGAGCUGCGGUGACCGAGCCCGUGCUGGCCCGUAAUGAGGGCACUCUGCUACGAUGGUUGGAGGAACGGCUGAGUCGUGGCGAGGAGACUGUGACUUUGGACCAGUUCUGCGAAAUGCUUGAGAAAGGUGUUGUUACCAGGGAAGAGUGUGAAGAGGCUUUUAGCCAAUUUGAUGCAGAAGGCGAUGGAAUUGUGGACGUAGAAAGCAUGCUGAUGACCCUAAAAAACUCCAAUGGAGCCACUUUGCAGGGUGAAUUGAGUCACGUAAUUCGACAGCUGCAGGCGUGCUCUCUCACUCCAGGUUUUUUGGAUAUUUUUUCUAAAUCAAAGGAUCGCCUUGGCUCUCAUGCCUCAAAAAUACUGAGGUUUCUCCGUCGAAACAGAAUUCCAAGCAGUGCCAUUCCAUUUCCAAUACUUGAAGGUUACAAUAAUAUUUGUACAAUGAGGUCAUCAGUUAUGCAGAACUACUUGGAUUUCCUUCUCCAGAAAGAAAAUGACUUGAAUAUUCAGAAUACAGCACAACUCAACUGUGACUCCGAAAUGGACAAAGUUAAAAUAAUCACUAAGUGUUACAGCUCUAUAGAAACAUCUUCAAACUCUGCGGAUAUUGAUAAAAUGACCAAUGGAGAAACAACUUCAUUUUGGCAGUCAGAUGGGAGUGCUCGCUCACACUGGAUUAGAUUGCGGUUAAAACCGGAUGUGGUUUUAAGGCGAUUAUUGAUAGCAGUGGCAGCAAAUGACCAAAGUUACAUGCCUCAGCAGGUAACUGUAGCUGUGGGAAAAAGUCCAAGAAGCCUACAAGAAAUAAGAGAUGUCCACAUUCCAAGCAACAUCACUGGUUUUGUAGCUCUUCUGGAAAAUGCUAAUAUCAGCUCACCUUUCAUUCAGAUAAACAUCAAGCGGUGCCUGAGUGAUGGAUGUGAUACAAGAAUCCAUGGUCUUCGUACAGUUGGAUAUCAGAUAACCAAAAGCAAGGGCGUAUCUGUGUCUGAUGCAUCUGCAAUUUGGUACCUAUCUUUGCUUACAUCUUUGGUGACCACAUCAAUGGAAUCCAAUCCAGAUUUAGCUCAGGCUGUGCUACAAAGUACACAGAAGGCUCUCCAGCAUAUGCCACCUCUUUCACUUACCCUGGGGUCAGCAGAGUUUCCUAAGUUCUUUUCUCCAAAUAUCUUGGAAGAAGUGGAUGGAUUUCUCCUAAGGAUUUCCGAGUGCUGUGUGACACCGGAAGCCAAACUGACCCUGCUAGCCUUUGCUCUGGCCCGAGGAAGUAUUGCCAAGGUAAUAAUGGCACUCUCUGCCAUUAGUGAUGGCCUUGAUGCAGAGUAUAAAGCUUCCUCACUAAUUGAGUCAAUGGUCCAGGUUAGGCUCAAACUUCUAUUUAAGCAUGGAAAUAUGCUUCCACUGCAGUUACAAGCCUGUGAUGUAAAGGGUAAAGAAGAGAAAUCUGGUCCAGAAAACAUGUUAGUUGAAGGCUCCGGAGAUGGUUUUCUCACUGAAACAGGAAGGACAAGAGCCACUAUUAUAUUUUCAACAGGAAAUGCAAUGUACUUCCAGGUCACCCAGAUUAAGAUCAAAGUCCGUAAAGGAGCAAUUGGUGCCAAAUGUGGUUUGGUAUUUACAUAUAAUGAUGAAACAGAUAGAUUUGAUGCAGAAAAGCACUUCAGGAGAUUCAAAAAAUAUGAUACCUGGAACUACAAAGAAUACUGUGAAUUUGCAAAGAGCAAACGUGGGUCUCAGGUCUUGGAUGUGAGUGAGGAUGAUCCUGUUGGUUGGUUUGAAUUAGAAGAUGAUUGGAACAAUGUUGAGAUCAAACUGCGGCAGUGUCGGAUCACUAAGUAUUUGAUGAUAAAAUUUCUGUGUGCAAGAGAAGAGACAGCAGAACGUCUUGGAGUUCACCACUUAAGUGCGAGUGGCUAUUUAAGAGACUCUGGAGAACAAGAAGGUUGCGAAUCAUUGUCCCUACAUGGAGAACAUACAGAAGGGGGAUUUGUUAGUGGUCAUACACUGCUUCAUAAAACACUGUACUUCAUUCAGAAACUUGCUCAAGAUAUGAAUUUGCAGGAAGAUUCUGGCCUUAAGCAUAAGCAGCUUUUGGAUUUCAGUGACCUUAACCUGAAGCUUUUCUGGGAUUUUUAUAAUAAAUUACAGAAAAACUUAGGAGAAGAAGCUAUGGAGUCACAAGUUCUACUGUUGCAGCUUCUGCAAAACUGUUUUCCAGUACUGUCUUCCUCUGGCCAGUCUUCCCAGUCACAGGAUUCUUCAAAAAUAGCAGUUCCUGAGCAACUGAAAGCAGUGCAUGACCUUUACAGUCACCUAUGUGAAAUUGUGGAUGAGUCUGAAGGUGAUAAAUAUGUUCCUAAAUCUGUCAAAAAAGAGGCCAAAAAUGUAAUUCUGAAUGGCGCUGCAGUCUUCUUCCCAGACAGACAAACCAGGACGGAUCAUCUGUUUUCUAUGAUGAAAAAUAUCACAGAAGAGACACAGCCAGUUUCUGUCAUCCUGACAUUUGAGUCUCUUUGCAACUAUUUCAGUAAUCAAGAUCCCAGUGGUUUGCUGUUAUUGCCUCCAAAAAAUGCAACAGCGGACUUUGAUACCUCUCCUGUUCUUACAGUUAUGGACACAUUACUAUUAGUUGCUGUGCGCAAGUGUGAAAUGAUGAUGGUCCGCACCUGUAAUGACAGUGGCAAAGUCCUGUUUUCCUUGUUCUGGUCCCUUCAGGGUAGUCUAUUAUCCUGGAUUUUUUUGCAGCUGAAAGGGGGAGAAUUUGUUAUAAAAGCUUUGGCAAGGGAUAUUCUUGUGAAAUAUGUUGAGCACUUUGUGUCUAACACACACAAAACGUUUGCUUCCUUUUUAUCUAAACACCAUGGGGAGGAAAUAAUGGAUAAACUGAGUGCUUCUGUUCUGGCCAUGGCUACAAGGCAGCUGGUUAUUUUUCUUUUGGAACUUUGCUCAUUGGAAAUACCUCACUGCUCUCUACUGCACACUUUUGCAUCAUUGAUAGACUUGUUAAAGCAGCUGUGCAGUGACACAGAAGACACUUUUUCUAAGAAGGAUAUGGACUGUUGCCAGCAGUCCCAACAACCUAUUGUUCUCCGAACAUGGAAUAUGGAGUCCUCUCACAAUUAUGAAAAUAAUCUGCACGAAACCACUGUUUUUGUGUGUCCUGGUGCAACAUCGUUUGAAAUUGAAUUUGAUGAGAGAUGUGAAACGGAAAAGAGAUAUGAUUACUUGGAAUUUACAGAUGCUAAAGGUGGAAAAGUCCGCUAUGACAUGAAGGUUGGAACAGAAAAGUGGCCAAAGAAGGUAACUUUUAAGGCUGGUCCUCGACUACAGUUCCUUUUUCAUUCUGACACCAGUAACAAUGAAUGGGGUUACAAGUUUACAGUGACUGCGUAUGGUCUCCCUGAUAUAACUGUCUCCUGGGCAUCAGAUUUGCAACUUCUUAUAUCAAGAUUAAUGGGCCGUCUUGCUUCACAAGCCAUAUCAUUGAAAUCCUCCUAUGACAUAACAUGUACCAAUGAGCUGACACCAGCAAAAAUUCCUCCUGUUUUGAACUCAUCAGUUUGGAAGCCAAUCUUAAGGCAUGGACUAUCUAUAAACCUUUCAGAAUCAGGAAAUAAAAAUAGUUGCUUGCUUGUUUCAAAUAUGAGAAAGGAGGAGAUUGUUGGUACAGAUGAGUUUAUGCAGUUUCUUGUGGGAUUUGCCAAGUGGGACACCUUUCAAGUAGUUGUGGAUUCUAGGACAGCGCUUAUGAACUCACUUAUGUUAGCUUGCAAGAAACAGCCAUCCAGGAAUGAGACUGUGACUGGAUCAAAAGUUGAUCAAGCUGUUAAUGCCAUUUUUGUCUCAAUGGUAUACCAUACCCCUGCUCUGUACACUUCUCUGCGGAACUAUGUUUUAAAUUGUGGUCAGGCUGCCUUGACGGAUGAACUUGUUCAAGUGUAUGCAGUAGCUGAAGGGAUUAAAACCUGGAUGCUUGAAAUGAAGCAAAAAUCCCUGGUGGGACAAAUAAACAAACAAGACGAUCAUCCGUCUGCAGAUUGCAAUGAAGUGAAUAUAGAAUCUCUCGCUGAUGCCUGUAUUGAAAAAAGCCUCCUACUCCUGAAGUUUAACCCAUCAGGAUCUCUGAAACAGAAUGUUUUUUGUGAUGUAACUAAUAAACCACUGAAUCCCAAAGCUGAUAAAAAUGGCACAGUGCAAGCAGCAGGAGAUACAUCUUCCCCCAUACUUAAACCAGAUGCUCAGUCUACUCCAAAUUUUUCAUCUUUGGGCAAUUUUUCUUUUGCACCUGACCAACAGUCAAAGGCUUUAAGUGAACAUGUAGAAAUUAACUCCACGUUAAAUUGUCAAGCAGUAUUGCAGGACUGCAACCAAACUGAGUCGGCUAUUAGCAAAGAAUUAGCUGAAAGUAACACUCCACAACAGGAACAUCCCUUGCCCUCUUCCGUGCCAGUUCGUAGAGCAUCUUACAGCAAAGGGCGCUUACGACUACUUUCAUAUAGGUCUAUGGAAGAGACUAGAACUGUUUCAUCGGUCAAAGAAAAAUAUGUCAUGCUGAAAUAUGUUUUGGAUUUCAUGAAGGACCCUUUAGUCUUCCAGAAAAAUGUUUUGCAAGUUCUUUCACUCAAAAAAGAACAAGCUGAAUGUGUUUCUGAAGUUCUAAAGACUGUUUAUCGAUGUUUAAAUUCCCUUGGAAGGCCUGUUCUUUUCCAAGCUCCCUGUAUCCUCUUCUUGCAAGAAUUCCUUGCUUGUCAGAAAGAUUUUACUAGUUUGUUUGGUCAUUUAGCUGGCUGUGGCCAGGUUCUUCAAAAGGAGGUUCAUCAAUCCUAUUGUCAGCUGGUGGUGUUCUUGGUGAAUUCUGUACAAAACUUCAGUGAUUUAAAUGACAAGUCACUGCUUCCUGCACUUUCUUGUGUGCAAACUUGCUUGCUUCAUCUACUGGAUAUGAGUUGGGAAGUGCAAGAUCUCUCCCUGUUUAAUGAUAUAAAACUUGCUGACUUACUGUUUACCAUGUCACAAGAGAAUAUAAGUGUUCACGAUAUGGCCAUCAGUCAGUGGACAGAAGAAGAUGAAAUUGCUGAUUAUGAACGGAAUUCAGAUUGGAUGGAUGAAUGCCAAGAUGGGAUGUUUGAGAGAUGGUAUGAAAAAAUUUCCAAAGCAUCUCCUGAGGACCGGAGGAAAAUGCACAUGUUUAUUGCCCGAUAUUGUGACCUGCUAAAUGUCGAGAUAUCCUGUGAUGGAUGUGACAAGAUUGCUCCAUGGCAUCGUUACCGUUGUUUGCAGUGCACAGAUAUGGACUUGUGCAAGACAUGUUUUUUAAGUGGUGCCAAACCUGAAGGACAUGAAGAUGACCAUGAAAUGGUUAAUUUAGAGUAUGCAUGUGACCAUUGCCAAGGACUGAUAGUAGGAAGCAGGAUUAACUGCAAUGUUUGUGAGGAUUUCGACCUAUGUUUUGGAUGCUAUAAUGCCAAGAAAUACCCUGAUAGCCAUUUGCCAACCCACCGUAUUACUGUUUAUCCAAUGGUUACCAUUCGGAUUAGUGACCGUCACAGACUAAUCCAACCAUAUAUUCAUAACUACUCCUGGCUGCUGUUUUCUGCCCUAGCCCUUUACACUUCUGAUUUAGCCAGUGAGGAAGAAGUAGAUGAUGAAAGAUUGAAUUCAGAAUCAUUAUCAAGUGCCAAAUUGCUGCAGUCACGCAGCACUGGGCUCAUUGCUGACUGCUUGUUGAAAGGACAAAAUGGAAAAGGCUUUAGACCUUCAGCUCUGCUGUCUUUAUUGUCUCCCAUGGCAUCAGUACCAGAAGGUGCUGAUCCCAAUAUACCUGAAAUGGAGGUCCAUUCAGAACACUGUGUUAGUGAUCUUUCACCAGUCUCCAGUAUUAUUGAUUCUGCAAUAAAGGAGGCAACAGUCUUGAAGGAACCAGUCUUGUCUAUUUCAAAAGAAUGUGAAAUUUCUGGCAAAAUCAAUUCACUUAAUGCAGUCCUGUCUGAAGACACUCUGAAUCCUGUUAACAAUGAUAAGAUGCCUCCUUUGCCUCAUGUAGAUUCCCAAUGUGAGAAAGGUGCCAAAGAAGAAUUAUCCCAAUCACAUAAUCUUCCCAGUGAACAGUUUGACAGGAGUGCUAAAACGCCAGUUCAAGAACAAGUAUUUGCUGAAUGUUCUCGUGAGAGGAUUUUAGGAUUACUUGCAGCCAUGUUACCUCCUGUAAAACCGGGAUUCACCAUUUCAGUAACUAGCUUGAAGAAAGUUCUUCCUUUAUUGUUCCGUGUUGUUGUUUCCAAUGUGGGUUGUCUGAAUGAAACAUAUCACCUGACUCUUGGACUACUUGGACAGCUUUUACUGAGGAUUACACCAGUGGAUUCUGAUGCUGCAGUUACAGAAGCACUUGCUGAGAAGUGUUGGCUGCUGACUCUAGGUGAGGAUGGCCUGAAGACAAUCCAGCUUCUUUUCUGCCUUGGAGCAGUGUGCCUUGACAGCCGAAUUGGUUUGGACUGGGCUUGCUCUGUGGCAGACAUCCUUCGUGAUUUGAAUACAUGCCCUCAGUGGAGUAAUGUUAUUGCUGCCUUCACAAAAUACUGUAUGAAGCAGCUGCCUUUUCAUCUUAAACGUACCAACCUGUUUACUUUGCUUGUACUUGUGGGAUUCCCAGAGGUUCUGUGCAUGGGUACUCACUCAGUUUUCUUAGACAAUGCCAAUGAACAUCAUGAUGUAAUCAUUCUGAAGCAUUUUACUGAGAAAAACAGAGCUGCUGUAGUGGAUGUAAAAACACGCAAGAGGAGAACAGUGAAAGAUUAUCAGCUUAUAACGCCUCAUGAUCAUGCUAUUGAUGAUUCCUGCUCUGUACAAAGCGCCUCUGCUCAGCUUAUCCAUCACCUCCAGCACUUCAUUUUUAUCAUCAACUAUUUUCUGGAGGCUAAUGUUGAUAACAGCCAAAUGGAUGCUGUGGAAGCUUCAUGGGUUCUGUCACUAGCUUUGAAAGGACUCUACAAUACUAUUAAGAAACAUGGUGUACUGGAGGCCCAAGAAGCCAUUCUGCAGUCUGGACUAAUUAAGCUUCUGGUUCGAAAAUGCAGGAAAGGCACUGGAUUUAGCAAGAUGUGGCUUUUAAGAGACUUAGAAAUACUUUCCAUAAUGCUUUACUCCUCUAAAAAAGAAAUUCAUUUAAUAACUGAAGCAACAGACACAGACAAUGAAGAGAAGGAGGUUGACAAAGAACUGGAAUCAGACCAUUCUAGCAUUUACACAGAUGAUCUGGAACAAAAUAAGUUAGACCCACUUGAUGGACUUGAUGAAGAAACAAAGAUUUGCUUUCAGAUUACACACGAUGCACUUAAUGCCCCGCUUCAUAUUUUAAGAGCCAUGUAUGAGCUGCAAAUGAAGAGGACUGACUCUUUCUUCAUUGAGGUUCAGAAACGGUUUGAUGGAGAUGUAAUAACAACAGAUGAGACUAUUCGAAAACUGGCACAGAAAUGGCAGCCCAGAAAGCGGUCACGGUCUGAGGAAAGGAAUACUAAAGCAGUAGACACGGACAUGAUUGUCAUUCCAUGUGUGUCUAAGCCAAAUCGUUGUGAAAAGGCAGCUGAAGAAACCAACCUUGUGACCCAGAAGCUGAUCACUAAUGUCGAUAGUGACUUGCAGCUUAGUUAUGCAAAACAAAGAAGAACUAAAAGCUCAGCUCUUCUGCAUAAGGAGCUGGAAGCCCGUAGUAACAAGUCUGUACGACAGUACCUUUUCAAAAUAAAUGAAGCCAUUUCAACUCUAUAUGCAAGACAUGUACUGGCAUCUCUGCUAGCUGAGUGGCCCAAUGGCAUGGUAGUUACUGAAGAAAUUCUAGAGCUCAGUGGUUCUUCACACAUGGCUUAUAUCUUGGACAUGCUAAUGCAACUAGAAGAAAAGCAACAGUGGGAGAAGAUUCUACAGAAAGUGUUGCAGGGAAGUAGUGAGAAUAUGCUGGCAAGUUUGUCUUUGACAGCUUGCCAGUUCAUGGAAGAGCCCGGGAUGGCUGUACAAGUCAGAGAGUCGAAGCAUCCCUAUGACAACAAUACCACCUAUGAGGAUAAGGUCCACAUCCCUGGAGCGAUCUACCUGUCGAUAAAGUUUGACUCUCGAUGUUGCACAGAGGACGGUUGUGAUGAGCUUCUGAUGGCCAGCAGUAGUGACUUUGUGCAGGAUCUUCACAGUUUCAGUGGAUCACCUCAAAAAUGGACUGACUUUGAAAUUCCAGGGGACACAUUAUAUUUUAGAUUUGUUUCUGACAUGAGUAAUACAGAAUGGGGCUACAAAUUUACUGUAACUGGUGGUCACCGUGGACGAUUUCAAACAGGGUUUGAAAUAUUAAAGCUAAUGUUAUCAGAUGAACGAUCUCUUCAGAAUCUACCACUUGCUGAUAUUUGGGAAUGGCAAGUGGGUGUAGCUUGCAGACAGACAGGAAGCCAGAGAUUAAGAGCCAUCCACUUACUACUUAAAAUACUAACAUGUGGCUCAAAAAGCUGCUGUGAUCUGUCAUUGUUGAAGCCACUCUGGCAGCUGUUCACUCAAAUGGAAAAUACCAUUUGUCAGGAUUCAGCAACCAUUAGUGUACUUCUUCCACUGGAUCGGGCACUGACAGAACUUUUCUACAUUGCCGAAAUAAGAGCAAUGGAACUAGAUAAUUAUGAAGAGUACCUGUUAGCACUGACUGGGGAAGAGCAAUUACAUAUUCACUUAGUGCAGGCACUGAAAAACAUAGCUGCUAUUAGCCAUGCCAUCAAUUACCAAAACAAAUCUACAAAGCUGCUUAGUGUAGCCCCAUAGUUCAGAAAUAUCUGGAAUUUUAUGAAUGGACUUGUCACCCCUGGGGAGAUGCUGAAUUUCUGUCUUCCAACAAUCUGUAAAUAUUCAAAUUCAAAUGGAUGUUAUCCAUAUGACCCAGUGCUCUGUUUGACAUUUUUAUCACAAUGAGAAAUUUACCCCUGGAGGAAAGGUGAUCUUCGAUCUGUUUACCUGAAACAAUGUGUCUGUCAGGUCUUUUUUUUUUUUUUUUAAAUCAUGAAAUCUGUACUGUAUAUAUCCCAAAUCUAGGCUCUAUAUUUUACAGUUGUAAUAAAUGUACUCACUUUAUUGGUCAUAUUUUGCCUAACCUUUGGUCUUUAAACAAGAUUCAAUAUUCUUGGAUACAAGGAGACAGUAUUUAAAGAUUAUAGUGUUUACAGUAUAAGAGCCAAAUCAAAAGCAUCGUGAAGUGUGCCCGAAAGGACAAAAAUUCUUUUUUUUUUUUUAAUUUAUUAUGCCCUUAUUUACAGAUCAUGGCUGCUGGUAAUCUUAGAUUUUUUCCUUUAUUUUUAUUCAUUUAAAACCCUUUCAAAUUCAGUGGCCUACUUCAUCCAUGGUUUAUAUUAUGUUGCAUUUAUGUUAGUUGCACCACAGAACCUAAGGAGAUCUUAUAAGUUAAAUCAUUUAUGUUUAAACUCAAGGACUGUACAGUGAAACAUAUU